AUGUACGCCAAAUCUAUCCUUGUUGCCAUGCUGGGGGCCUCCUUGGUCAAUGCCCAUAUGAUCAUGACCAGCCCUGUUCCCUACGGAAAGGACACACUCAACAACUCUCCUCUGGCCGCCGAUGGCAGCGACUUCCCCUGCAAGUUGCGCUCGGACACUUACACGGUGACCUCGGAGAAUGUGAUGGUUAUCGGAGAGUCGCAGCCUUUGACCUUUGAGGGCAGUGCGACUCAUGGUGGUGGCUCGUGCCAGAUCAGUCUCACCACGGAUCUGACGCCCUCUAAGGAUACUGAGUGGAAGGUCAUCACAUCGUUUGAGGGUGGUUGCCCAGCUAAUGUUGAUGGCAACCUCUCUGGAGGUGCCACCAUGGUCGAUCCGUACUCGUUCAACUUCACCAUUCCUGAGGGUAUUGAUGCUGGCAAGUAUACUCUCGCUUGGACCUGGUUCAAUCGCAUCGGCAACCGUGAGAUGUACAUGAACUGUGCUCCAGUCACCGUGAAGAGUGGCAGUUCCUCCAAGAGAUCCAAUGUUGAGGCCAAGGCAUUUGAGAAACGUUCUUCAAGCUUUCCACCUAUGUUCGUCGCCAACAUAAACGGGUGCACUACCUCGGAAAAUAUUGAUAUUCGCUUCCCACAACCUGGCGAUGUUGUCCAGUACCUUGGUGAGGCUUCCAAUCUGGCCAAGGUGGGUGCUGCAGCUUGCACCGGCACUCCCACCUUUGCCAGCGCAGGUGACUCUGCCACCGGUACCAAUUCUGGCUCGGAUUCUUCCGGUUCUGGCUCGAGCUCAGCGACAACCUCUGCUGCAGCAACUAGUGCUCCUACGUCCGUUCAAGUCGUACAGCCUGUUCCGACCUCUACUUCGUCUGCCUAUGAAUCCGCUCCUUCCGCCACCUCGGCAAGCCCAGCUUCUCCUUCGUCCAGCUCCAGCUCCAGCUCCAGCUCGUCUAGUUCGGGUGCCCUGAGUGGGUCGUGCAGCGAUGAAGGUGAAUGGAACUGCAUUUCUGGUACCUCCUUCCAACGUUGUGCCUCGGGUGUGUGGUCUGCCGCUCAGGAUAUGGCUUCUGGAACAUCCUGCACUGCAGGCCAAAGCUCUGAACUGUCAAUUGUUGCCACCAAGAGAGCUCGUGCCCUGUCAGAGCUUCGUUUCCGCAAGCGCAGCAUCGGUGACUCUCACGGUUCUCACCACGUUUAG